AGUAAGUAAAGUAACAAAACAACCGAGCAAGAACAAGGAAUUACAACAAUAGAUAAGGCUCGAUGGCUUCUUCUUACUGUUGUUCCCGUUUGUUGUUGCAAUCACAGAGUUCGCGACUAAUGUUACGAUUCUCACCUUUUCUCGCUACUCCCCCUACUCCUUCUUCCCUCUCUUUCUCCUCCAACUGCCACGUGUCCUCUUCCGCUCAAGCAACACUACAACAACAACAUGAACAACAGCCCCUUCCGCAAAGCUCACAGCUGGUGGCAUUGGAAUAUGCUGACCUCAACCUCUCUUACAACUUGGAUCUGGGUCACGUCAGGAUAAGGCAGCAUGUUAAUCCCCUAAGCUCUUCUUUCUCGGUUCCUGCACAAGUACCAGACUGGAACCAUGCCUUUGCAGACCCAACAUUGCCGCUCAUGGUGGACAUUGGAUGUGGCAGUGGCAGGUUUCUAAUGUGGCUGGCUAAAAGAACUCCUAAAGAGAGAAACUUUUUGGGAUUGGAAAUACGGGAAAGGAUAGUCAAGCGUGCUGAGUCAUGGGCAAAGGAUCUGGCUCUUGAUAACAUACUUUUCUUGUUUGCAAACGCGACAAUUUCUUUCAAGCAGUUGGUAGAAUCAUAUCCCGGGCCCUUGGUCUUAGUUUCAGUAUUGUGUCCAGACCCACAUUUCAAGAAAAAACAUCAUAAAAGAAGAGUUCUGCAGAAGCCUUUGGUUGGUGCUAUAGUAGAUAAUUUAAUGCCUGGGGGACAGGUAUUCAUACAGUCUGAUGUGAUUGAAAUGGCACUUGACAUGAGAAAUCAGUUUGAUGAAGUUAAAACACUCAAACACAUAGAAGUUUUGGACCCGGCUAUGUUGUGUGACAGUGAAGGGUGGUUGUUAAGCAACCCCAUGGCAAUAAGGACUGAGAGAGAGAUUCAUGCAGAACAUGAAGGUGCAAAAAUCUAUAGAAGAUUGUACCAGAAACAGAUGUGAGUUCUCAAGCUUGACUUGUUUGCUGAUUCACUCCUACUAUGAGCACAAGGGGAACCUUGUCCAUGCCAGACAUAAAUGGAAUGGAACACUCAUAUCAGACACAUUGCAGUCCACAACACUUCAAAUCCUAACAAUAUGUUUAGCAUUUUAUUGUGUUUCUCUUUCUGGUGGGUUGUGUUUUGGCCUUAGAUGUGUACUAUCCCAUGAAAUUCACAUGUUGCACAUAUCAUACCUAGUUGGUUAAGGUUUAGGGGUUUGUGUAAUUAUUCAUUUUUAUAAUGUAUUGUUUUACCAACUAGUAUCAUAAUUGAUAAAAGUAAUUUUUACAUGAAGGAUUGAUCAUCUCUAGUUUGAA